AUGGACCGGUACCAGAAAACCGUACGGCGAGUGAAGGCGUUAAGCCUGGAGCUCGUCCUCCAUUACAUCCUGCCCGCUCUCAAGCCCGGACCGUUCAAAGACAGCGUCUGUCGGCGAGCACCCAAGACUAUGGAAGAACUAAGGGAACGCGCGGCAGACGAGAUACGGGUUGAGAAGAUGAAAUUAUCAUACAAAAAGGAAAGCCAGGAGCUUAGGAGCGAGAAGGCGGACGGGGGGAAACCUGGCAAUUCGAUAGGAAAACCGGGUGGCAACAGGCAGAAGGAGCCGCGCCGAGGACCCCGUUUCCAACAGUAUACCCCCCUGAACGUCCCGAGGGAGAAGAUCCUUCGAGAAGCGUUAAGCGCAGAAUUGCUCCCCGAACCGAUGAAGCGACCAACCCCCAAAGAGGCGGACGGGAGCAAGCAUUGCGCCUAUCACAAGAAUAUGGGCCACACCAUCGAAGAGUGUGUGACCCUUAAGGACAAGAGAGAAGAACUGAUCCGAGCGGGGAAGCCCAAGAAAUACAUUCGGGACGAUCGUCCUCAGGUACCUGCGGAGCGGCCCGCCCAGCGCACAGCUUACCGCCCACAUAGGCCCAGGAACAAUAGGGCCGAACGGCCCCGCUCCGAGCGGCGACGCAGCCGAAGCCGCAGUCGAAGUCGCGAACGUCCUCUACGGGGACACAUCAACACCAUCUCUGGAGGUUUCGCUGGUGGGGGGUCGUCCUCGUCUGCUCGAAAGCGCCACGUGCGAGCCCUGCAAUCCGUGCACUUAGUUGACAAGCCACGGCGCACAAUGUCGCCCAUCACCUUUUCGGACGACGACUUCCACGCGCCGGACCCCGACCAAGACAACCCCAAUGGUUAUAACUGCCGAGAUCGCUCAAUACGGUGUCAGCAAGGUCUUAGUGGACCAGGGAAAGCGUGGACACCCGGGGGUACGUGGAGCUUAGGACGAGGCUAG